AUUGUGCGUAGCGCUGUCGCCCUCCUCUUCCCGCUGCCGCUGCCGGGUUGUUGGAGGAAAGCUACGUUUCCUUGCCGCUGGGUUUAACCCUUUAAGCACCAAACCCGACAGCCCGCUGGCUCCCGGGAACGAGUAGGCGGUCUCCGCAGCUGCCGAAUUGUGGGCGACGAGCCCCGAAGACCCGAGGAAGAUAGCCGAAGGGAGCCCGUGUUCUCGGUUGGUCUCGGGCUUGGGGCUCGGCCAGCGUGAAGCAGUGGCAUUGGCUUUAAGAAGGGGGAGGGGAGGCGCGGUCCGCCGCUCGGGGAGCCGGGGAAGGAAGCCUAGGCUGGCUUGGGAGAGCAGAGAGGCGGCCCCCCGCGCCCGUGCUCUCCCCGCCUCCACCCUGGGCCGCCCAGGACUCAGCGCUGUGCUUCGGGGAGGCGAUGACCAGGGGGCGUGCUGCUCGCUAGGCUGCACCCUGCCGGCGUCAGAAGGCGUUGGUAAGCAUUCCCGGUCACCCGCAGCCACCACCGGACUACGCGCUCCUGCUACACACCAGCGGGCGCUCCCAAGAGUUUCAUUGGAUCAGUCCCUUCGCUAUCGUAACCAUGGGGCAUCCCCCGCUGGAGUUCAGCGACUGCUACCUCGACAGCCCCGAUUUCCGCGACAGGCUCAAGUGUUAUGAACAUGAGCUGGAGAGGACCAAUAAAUUCAUCAAAGACGUGAUCAAAGACGGCAGCGCGCUUAUCAGCGCUAUGAAAAAUUACUCUUCUGCGGUUCAGAAAUUUUCCCAGACACUGCAGUCGUUUCAGUUUGAUUUCAUUGGGGACACUCUGACUGAUGAUGAGAUUAAUAUUGCGGAAUCAUUCAAGGAAUUUGCUGAAUUGCUCAAUGAAGUAGAAAAUGAGAGGAUGAUGAUGGUACAAAAUGCUAGUGACUUGCUGAUCAAACCCCUGGAAACUUUUCGGAAGGAACAAAUAGGUUUCACAAAGGAGAGGAAGAAGAAAUUUGAAAAGGAUGGUGAGAGGUUUUACUCAUUACUGGACCGGCACUUACAUCUGUCAUCCAAAAAGAAAGAGUCUCAGUUGCUAGAGGCAGACCUCCAAGUGGAUAAGGAAAGGCACAAUUUCUUUGAAUCCUCUCUUGAUUAUGUCUAUCAAAUCCAGGAAGUUCAAGAAUCCAAGAAGUUCAAUAUUGUGGAGCCAGUCUUGGCCUUUCUUCACAGCCUCUUCAUUUCCAACAGCUUGACUGUGGAGCUCACACAGGAUUUCCUCCCAUACAAACAGCAGCUGCAGCUCAGUUUACAGAAUACAAGAAAUCAUUUCUCCAGUACCCGAGAAGAGAUGGAAGAACUUAAGAAAAGGAUGAAAGAAGCUCCUCAGACAUGCAAACUUCCGGGACAGCCAACCAUUGAAGGCUAUCUCUAUACACAGGAGAAAUGGGCUCUGGGGAUCUCCUGGGUGAAAUACUACUGUCGGUAUGAGAAGGAGACCAGGACACUCACCAUGACACCAAUGGAACAGAAGCCAGGUGCUAAGCAGGGACCCGUGGACUUAACUUUGAAAUACUGCGUGAGAAGGAAGACAGAGUCGAUUGACAAGAGGUUCUGUUUUGAUAUAGAAACUAAUGAGAGACCAGGAACCAUCACUCUGCAGGCGCCUUCAGAAGCCAAUAGAAGGCUAUGGAUGGAGGCCAUGGAUGGGAAAGAACCUAUCUACCACAGCCCUAUAACAAAACAGGAAGAAAUGGAGCUGAAUGAAGUGGGGUUCAAGUUCGUUAGGAAGUGCAUCAAUUUUAUUGAGACCAAAGGGAUCAAGACAGAAGGGUUGUACCGAACAGUGGGCAGCAACAUCCAGGUUCAGAAGCUGCUUAAUGCCUUUUUUGAUCCAAAAUGUCCAGGAGAUGUCGAUUUUCAUAAUAGUGACUGGGACAUUAAGACAAUCACAAGCUCCUUAAAAUUCUACCUCAGGAAUCUUUCAGAACCUGUCAUGACUUAUAAGCUUCACAAAGAGCUCGUCUCUGCUGCCAAAUCUGACAACCUGGAUUACCGUCUGGGAGCUAUUCACUCCCUAGUAUAUAAGCUACCAGAAAAGAACCGGGAGAUGCUGGAACUUCUAAUCAGACACUUGGUAAAUGUGUGUGAGCACAGCAAAGAGAAUCUUAUGACACCUUCCAAUAUGGGGGUGAUCUUUGGGCCCACCCUGAUGAGAGCUCAAGAGGACACUGUGGCUGCUAUGAUGAACAUCAAAUUCCAGAACAUUGUGGUAGAAAUCCUGAUUGAACACUUUGGCAAGAUAUAUUUAGGUCCACCUGAGGACAGCCAAGUACCUCCAGUGCCUCCACCUCGAGUGACAGCAAGAAGGCACAAACCAAUCACAAUCUCGAAGCGUUUGCUGAGAGAAAAGACAGUGUUCUACACUUCUUCCCUGGAUGAAAGUGAAGAUGAAACCCAUCAAACUCCUAAUGGUACAAUCACUAGCAACCUGGAUCCCCCCAAGCUACCGCAGCACCUCAGACUACCCAUUCAGAAAAGUGGGGAAACUGAUCCUGGAAGAAAGUCCCCAAACAGACCUGCUUCUGACUGCCAGUCCGAGCCCAGCCCAGAGGUGGAUGUGGGGAAGUUGGUAUUUAGGUUGCAGGAUGGAGGGACCAAGACUACUCCAAAGGCCACUAAUGGACCUGUGCCAGGCUCUGGACCCACAAAGACUCCUUCUUUCCCUGUAAAGAGACCAGCUCCCCGGCCAGUGGCUCACCACAAGGAAGGAGAUUCUGACUGUUUCAGCAAAGUUCGGCCCCCAGGAGAAAAGCAAACAAUCAUCCGUCCUCCAGUGAGGCCCCCAGACCCUCCUUGUCGGGCCAGUACUUCACAAAAGCCAGAACCAAAGCCAGAUACUGUGGCUGGCAAUGCAGGGGAAAUCCCAUCAUCUGUGGUGGCAUCCAGGACCAGAUUCUUUGAAACAGCAUCCCGGAAAACUGGAAGUUCUCAAGGAAAACUUCCUGGAGAUGAGAGCUGAAGCCACAGGUUUGAAAGGACUUGGCCUUGAGGGACCCUUUCCAGAUUGUGAAAGGGCCCGCUUCAAACCCUUGUGAGCUGUUUGGUGCUGAAGAGCAGUUCAUUUAUGGCCUUGUGCCUUCAGUGUCUGGGAAGCUAUAAAAUAAGGAGCACAUGUCUUAGACACGUGUUUGCUUCUCCUUUGUAUUCUGUCUUCAUCUCCCCAGAAUGUCUGUUGUGAGCAGCUCCUAGGAUACUGGAUGGCUGGAUUCUCUCAAGCUCCAAACUCUACUGAAGUGAAAAAUACCCACUGACCUGUAUUGAAGAGGGAAACCUAGUUUUCCACUCUUCUCUGAACUUCCUGCUUCCUCAAAGGUCAUUGGACUCUGAAUGAUUCAGGGCUAAAGCCUGAUGUUAGGGGUCUCACCCUGAUCUAAAGGCCACUUGAGUUGGGGCCAUUGUUUACCUUAUUUGGAAGGGAGUAGGGAUGUUAGCUGAAUAUUGGAAAUUGAGCCAUGUCUCUUUCUGAAGAUAUGGACACUGACUAGUACCAGAUUGGCACCCUGGUACCAUGACAUGUUAAUGAAAUCCAGUGGGGCCAGACUGCAUGAAUGAUUCCCACACAGUGGCCUUCCUCAGGAUGGCCUUAGGAAGGUAGCCUUUCUGCUUUUGCCUCCAGCCUCUGAGAACAAAUCUGCUAAGCAUGUUUUGCAUGUCAAAGCCUAGGCCUGUCUGGAUUUCCCUUUUUCCUGCUUUCACCCAAUAGCUUCCUUUUCAGCAAUCAACAAAUAAAACAGAAAAUGUUUCUGUAAAAAAGGGUCAAAUGUUAGGAAAAAUUGUUAAGAUUGACUGAGUCCAAGGAAUUGUUGCUAUUGCUUCGUAUUUGCUUCUAGCUUACAUGCUCUUUUAUUUCCUGAAAAGCAAGCAAACAAACAAAGCUACAAACAAACAAAACCAGAUCUUAGCCAAGGUGCCUGUGGAUUCUGGAACUCUAUGAUGCCCCCAAGAUGACAUAUACAAUUCCAUGAGGGUAAUGCCUUUUCUGAGCAGAUGGUUCAUAACAUUCUACUGGGUUUCAGAUGGUACUGCAACCCAAUAAAGGUUAAGAACCACAGCCCUUGAGAUAAAAGACUCUUUACAGCCCAUAAAGGGUUGGAUUAGAAGGAACUUUCAAACGCAUUUAUACUAACAACAGCUUAGUUUACAUGAAGAGCAAGUUAGUGACCACAAGAGGACAAGAUCCCAGGUGUCUGAGCUCCUACAUAAGGUUCUUUUUAGUACAGCACAUUUAUCUAGGAAGGGGCCUUGUAGGUGGUGGCUUUAAUGGCUCUUUUGGGAGGUAUUGACUUUUAUCCUCUUUCUUGAGCUUCUCAUAUUUACCAGCAAGUAGAAAAUUUCAAGAUAUAAGCCGCUGGUCCUUUCGUUACUGCUGGAGUCAUUGAAAGUGCACUGAAGUAAAAGCCAUGCAGGAAGUAUGAAAUCUGAGGACUAAACCUUUUUGAGCCCUGGUUUUUAGGGUGUUGGUGCUUCUGUUUCUGUGCAGAUGCCUGGGCCACAGCCUCUGAGGCUUGCGGGGCUCUUAUUGAGUUCUGGUUUUAGGGCUGGAUCCUCUCUUAGGGCUGGAUCCUCUCUGUUAAUGAGGGAAAAGCAAGGAUAUGUGUAGAACUUGGCUAUAGGAGUGGGCCAGAAGGGCUUCAGAUCCAUGAAAGAUUAUAAAGACAGUUUUGAGUCUGGUUUUCCUGAGACAAAAUGCCAUGGUAAACACUAAAAAUAUUAGAAUAUUCUUGAGAGGCAGAGAAAGACAUUGUACUCCCAGUGGAAGAAGUAUCUAGAAACUUUGCAUCAUGAUUGCUGUGUUAUGUGGGACAUGGAUGGAAACUCAGCUGGGAAAGGUAGGGCCACCAACUUUGGAGGCCAGGGAGCAAUUGGUGGGGUAGUUCUAUUUCAGUAUCAACCCCCUUUAGACAAGGAAACAAAAUAUCUCCUUUUACUAUCUGCUUUAAAGAGCAAAAUUGCUGGGGUGAAGCAUACUGUCAUGAGAUGAGAUUGGCUUGGGGUGUGCUUGAUGCGUAGACACUCACUAAAAGAGGUGAUCAGAAGAGGUGAUAUGUGAGUGGUAACUAUGGGAAAUUAGCCGCAGCCCUAGCAAGUAGGUGAGAGAACUGUUAGGCCUUGAAUGAUAGUGACAACAAAAGUGCUAACAUUCAUUAAGCACCCUCUGAGUACUAGGUACUUCAAAUACCUUAUCUUCCAUCCUUAUAACAAUCAUGCAAGUCCUCAUCUUUUUGUACAGAUUAAGAAGGUACCCAGUUGCAUUGUUACUGACUCUAGUAGUACACAGACAUAGUGAGUACUAGAAGUGUGAUUUCUAUCCAGUCCUCUCUGACUUUGCACCCUGUGCAGUUUUCACUGUGCCAUUCAGAGCUAGGUAUUUAAACAGAGGGCACAUUACUGGAGGUGGGUUGACUCUUGACUCCUAUGUGCCUAACCAAUAUGGAAAGGAAUACAGUGAACGAGGGAAGCAAGUGCAAGCCCACUUCAUAAAGGAGUAAGAACACAGGCUGAAAGAUAAUCCAUGGUGGCUUUUCUUCUCACUCUGAGUUGAUGCAACUGGUAGUAUGUUUUAGAAGAUCAUCUAACCUCCCCUUGUGACGUUGGUAGCCGGGAAUUAUUUGCCUUGGUCAUUUUCCAAAGAGAAAGGGUCUUUCUAGGUGUUGCUGUGCUUUCCCAGUACAUCGCUAUGCCAUUACAUGGACGGUUUCAUCGAGAAGUCUGGUGAUAACCACGCAUGUUUUAAGAAGCAGGCAAGUUCUCUCUGCCUUUGUGGAAUUUGAUGCCCUGGGGUCAUAUCCCUACCAAGUUUUUUCUGUGGUGAAAGCAAAAGUCAGGGGGUCAUUUCAUAAAAGAAAUUUCAUUGAAUUUUUAUAUUUCAAGUUGAAAAAGAGGUGUUAUGGAGUAUCCAGCCACCACAGGGCAAAACUAAGCAUUUAAGUAAGUAGCAAAAUAAUGUUAUAUAAGAGUACUUCGGAAGUAAUGGCUACAUAGGGAAGCACCUUUCCCUUUUCAAGACGUUCCUUUAUUCUGUAAGAACUACAGAAGAGUAAAGGAAGUAGUUCGGCAACUCAUAAAAUAAUUGCUUUUAAGAGAACAUAGAUCAGUGAAGCUGUUAAUAAAGAAGCAGCAGACAAUUGACCUUGACACAUUAGAAGCCUACAAAAGCUUUAGAAACAACAGCAACAAAAAAAUCCAGAGUGAAGCAAGAUAACUUGACAAGAUAUUGUCAAUGAAGAAAAGCCUUCAUUUUCAUAGGGAAAUUGCCUAUAUGAACUAUGUGUGUGAAAUCAGAGAAAAGAAUGAGAUCCCUGAGCCCAUUCACAUGAUUUUCAAUGAAGUGUGCAGAUUCUCUUGCAUAAAUGUCCUCCAUCUGCUGUCUCAUCAUGGAAAUAAUCUUUCAGAAUAUCAGAAUCAUGGUCCCCACUAUCUACCACUUGUGCUGUCUUGUAAAAAAAAAAAAUCUAAAGAGAACUCAGUAAAAAAUUCUUUUGAACCCAA